AUGGCUGCUUCUUCUUUUCUUACUAUGGAAAAUAGCAUAACCAGACAAAACAUGAAUGGUUCUGCUAAUUGGUCCGGAAGAUCAUCCUCAGCAUCUCUUGAAGAUCUAGAGAUUCCACCUAAAUUCAGAUCUUUUGCUCCUUCUUCAAUCUCAGUCUCUCCUUCUCUUGUCUCUCCUUCCACUUGUUUCAGUCCCUCUGUUUUUCUUGAUUCCCCUGCUUUUGUUGCCUCCUCUGCUAACGUUCUUGCUUCUCCAACCACAGGAGCUCUUAUCACAUACGAAAGUAAUCAGAAAACUAUAACCAAGGAAGAGAAGACGAACAAGAACAACUUUAGCUUCUUUGAUUUCUCAUUCCAGACACAAUCAUCAGGAGUUUCUGCUCCGACAACAACAACAAACAGUUCUGUCUUUCAAUCACAGGUACGUUACUCAAACAGCUCAAUCUUCAAAUCCUUUUUUUUCUUUCUUUUCCUCGAGUUUAAAUGUUUUGUGUGUGUUCAGGAACAACAGAGGAAGAACCAGUCAGAUCAAUGGAACCAAACCGAGACUCGUUCAAACAGCAGCAGUCAUCAAGAAGCUGUAUCUUACAAUGGACGAGAGCAAAGGAAAGGAGAAGAUGGCUACAACUGGAGAAAGUACGGACAGAAACAAGUGAAAGGGAGCGAGAAUCCUCGGAGUUACUAUAAGUGUAGUUUCCCAAACUGUCCAACGAAGAAGAAAGUGGAGACAUCUUUAGAAGGUCAGAUCACUGAGAUUGUGUAUAAAGGAAGCCAUAAUCAUCCUAAACCUCAGUCCACUAGAAGAUCAUCUUCUUCUUCUUCGUCGACGUUUCAUUCAUCUGUGUCAGAUCAUCAUGAUUCCUUUGUGAUCCAACAAGAUGAUAAUAAUACUACUUCUGGUUCUCUUGGAGACGAUGAGUUUGAGAGAGGCUCAUCGGUUAUCAGCAGAGGAGAAGAAGAAGUUUGUGGGAGUGAACCGGAAGCAAAGAGAUGGAAAGGAGAAAGCGAAACUAACGGUGGGAAUAGUAACGGAAGCAAGACUACGAGAGAGCCGAGGAUUGUUGUUCAGACAACUAGUGAUAUCGACAUUCUUGACGAUGGUUAUAGAUGGAGAAAGUACGGCCAAAAAGUCGUUAAAGGAAACCCUAAUCCAAGGAGCUACUACAAGUGCACAACCAAUGGUUGUCCAGUGAGAAAACAUGUUGAGAGAGCAUCACACGAUAUGAGAGCUGUAAUCACAACCUACGAAGGGAAGCACAACCACGACGUACCUGCAGCUCGUGGUAGCGGUUAUGCCACAAACAGACCGGCACAGGAUCCUUCUUCAGCACCAAUUAGACCAAAUGCUAUUGCUGCUCAUUCUGGUUACACUACUUCUUCUCAAGCUCCGUAUACACUUCAAAUGUUGCACAACAACAACAACACUAGUGCCGGGUCUUUUGAUUACCCUAUGAACAACAAUAAUAGCAGCAACCUUCAAAUGCAACAAAACAACUUUCUUGGUGGUGGGUUCUCUAGAGCAAAAGAAGAACCAAACGAUGAUGAGUCCUCUUCGUUCUUUGAUUCGUUUUUGUCUUGAAGAUAUGAAAAUUCGUUUUUCAGUUUGUACAUUUCUGCUACAAAAAGGGUUUAACUACUUACUAGUGAUCCAUACUAAGACUAUAGUCUAUAUAGUCCAUAGAGAAAAUUAUUUCAUUUGUUUUUUUUCCUGGCUCAUGUGAGAGCUUUCACACGCCUGUAAUGUAAUAAUAUAUUUAGUUCUUUUGUACCAUACAAGUAGAAAAAUGGAAUAAAGCCAAUCAAUUUUUCAAAUUU